AUGGGUCUCCUACUGCCACCUGACGAGCUCGUGACUGCGCUCUGUGAGCAAUGGCCCGGCCGCGAGCCUCAAAUUCGACAACUGACCGCGCUACUUUCACCACGGUUUGCGAGUAAUCCCGCGAUUGUCAUCUACGGCUCCACAGCCACUGGUAAGACCAGCAUCAUCACUUCCUAUCUCGAGCGCAUCGGCGUUCCAAACGCUAUCAUUCGCAGUCGCGAAUGCGUGACUGGAAGGCAUCUCCUGGAACGGACCAUUAGUGAUGUGCAUCAAUCCUUGUCAUCGAACGAAGAUGGCAAUCGUGCAGCGACAAGAGCAUAUAACACUAAAUGCGAGAAUCUCGGCUCUUUAGCGGUACACAUACAGCGCUUACUUGCCGACGAGAAGAAAUUCAUCUUAGUAUUUGAUGACAUCGACCAGCAACGAGAAACACCGCCGACUCUAAUCCCAGCAUUAGCACGACUAGCGGAAAAUGUUCCUCAACUUGUCGUCGUUCUAACUAUGAACCAUCCGCCUCCGGGUCUACUCCACCAGACUGGAGUGCCGCAUUUACGUUUCCCCCCGUACACACGAGCUCAAUCGAUACAAAUUUUGUCACGACAACCCCUGGACAUCUUCCCGGACCCACCGGCUGACUAUGACGAACACAGUCACGAAGAGGACAAAGCUUGGCUGUGGCCUCGAUUUUGCACUGCAGUUUGGGAUGCGCUUGGUGAAAGCGCCGCUCGUGACGUGACAGCGUUCCGUUCAGCCUGUCACAAGCUCUGGCCCGCCUUUGCAGCACCAAUCGUCAGGGGUGAGUUUGGGACCCGGGACUUCAGCCGCUUACUUGUGGCCCAGCGUCGGCUGUUCCAGGAGGAAAGCGUACUGCUUCAUUCUCUUGUCGCACAUACCGAUGUCAUUUCGACCACUCAGGGUCCUAGAUCGCAUGCACUUCCGUACUAUGCGAAAUGGCUGCUCAUUGCAGGCUAUCUUGCAUCCUUCAAUCCUGCCCGUCUGGACGAGACCUAUUUCAUGAAGACGACAGAGCGUAAGAGACGCAAGAAAGGUGGCGGGACUGCUCGAUCUGGUGGUGGCCGUCCGGGGCAAAUCAGAAAGAUACCGCGCCACCUCCUUGCUGCGUCUAGUUUUACAUUGGAUCGUUUACUGGCCAUCCUGCACGCGAUCCUCCCGGACGAUAUACGGGCGGGCAUCGACAUUUCUAAGCAAAUCGCCACCUUGACGAGUCUUCGGCUUCUGGUCCGAGCCGGUGGUCUCGGCAGCAGCGAUCCGCUCGAACCCGGGGGCAAAUUCCGUGUCGGCUUGUACGUAACGUGGGACUACGCUUUGGCCUUGGCACGUGGAAUGGACUUCGAUCUGGCCGAUUACACCACGGAUUGA